CAGCUUUUCACUGUUUAAAUGUUCUUCAUCCAACAGAGACAAACUGCUGGAGGAAAAUAAUUCAUCUGACAGCAAAGAUGCAGUGGAGUCUGAUUCUGCUCUUCCUGAUGGCUCAGUGUUGCUUCAUGGACUGUCAGCUCUAUCAGUUUCUCUACAUUAAUGAGAAUAAGACCUGGACUGAAGCUCAGCAGUACUGCAGAGAGAAACACACUGACCUGGUCACAGUGACUAACAUGAAGGACAUGGAGAGACUCAUCAACAUCUCAGCUGGAGAAAUUAAGGAAGCUUGGAUUGGUCUGUAUGAUCAAACACAUGGUACCAGAACUUGGUACUGGUCUCUGCCUGGAGUGGAGUUUAAUGAAAGUGAGACAAAGUGGAACACAGGAGAACCAAGGGAUGGAAACGACUGUGGAUAUAAUUAUCAAGGAAAAUUGGGAUCUACUGAAUGUAGUCACCAUUUGUAUUUCCUCUGUUAUAAUGAAAAUGAUACAUCCAAUAAAUAUUAUUUUGUUGAAGAGAGGAAGACCUGGCUGGAAGCUCAGAGUUACUGCAGAGAGAAUCACACAGACCUGAUCAGUGGAUUGAAGCAGCUACAGGAUGAAGAGUAUAUGACUGUAAACAAGAAGGCACAAUAUGAAAAAAUAUAUGACAAAAAACCAGUAUACAUUGGUCUGUUCAGAGACACCUGGAGGUGGUCAGAUGGAAGCAGUUUCUCUUUCAGAUACUGGAAUAAAGACUUUAUCAGUCAACAAUACAUCAGUGGUCAAUGUGCCAUGACUGUGUUUGAUGAUGGAGGCAGAUGGAAGAAUGAGAACUGUACUGAAAGAAAACCCUUCAUCUGUUAUGAUGAUAAGUUGAUCAUGAUUAAAGAAGCGAUGAACUGGCAUGAUGCCUUAACCUACUGCAGAGCCCACCAUCAUGACCUGGUCACCAUCACUAACAUGGAUGAACAGAAACAGGUUCAGCAGGAAGCCCAGUUUGCCUCGACUCCUUUUGUCUGGAUUGGACUGCGUUUCAACUGCAGUAGGAAUGUUUGGUUCUGGGUCUGUGAUAACUGGACCUGGAAUGAACAGAAUGACUGUAACAUGUUUGGAGCCAUGGAGGCAGGAGGAGAACAUCGGUGGUUCCAAAGAAACGGCAGUGAGAGAUUUAACUUCAUCUGUUCCAAAUAUUAACUCCCCCCGCUCCCAGUUGAGCUUCUUUUCAUUAAG